AUGUCGAUUUUCCGGUUGAGUCUGGACACCAAAAACACGUCCUACACCAGCCUGCAGGUGAUAUUACUAGCCGUUCUGUUUGUCAUCGCUACACUUGUACUGUGUGGGCGGCCGAGAAAUCUGCCACCAGGACCGAGAGGACUGCCGAUUGUCGGGAACGCCAUAAGCCUGAUCAAGGGUGGUCCUCUUUUUGUCUUUGCCGACUGGUCAAAGCAGUACGGUGACGUGUUGACCUACUAUUUUGGGUCGAAGCGGAUAAUAGUACUGAACGGUUACGCCACCAUUCAUGAAGCACUGGUACAGAACGCUGAGGAUUUCUCCAGCCGGCCUCCGGAGUUAGAUUUCCUUAGUCCAGAUAAUAACUCGUUAGGAAUAGCCGGUGAGCCUUAUGGCCCAAAAUGGAAGGAGCACCGUAAGUUUGCUCUGAUGGGUCUGCGUGACUUCGGAGUUGGAAAGAGAAGUCUGGAAGGAAAGAUUCUUGAAGAGUCACGAGCUCUUGGUGAAGAAAUCUCCAAAACAGGCGAACGCCCAUUUUGCAUCUCUCAGAUGAUGCAAAAUACAGUUGCAAACGUCAUCUGUUCAAUGGUGUUCGGUUGUCGUUAUGAGUAUGAUGACAUGGCAUUCAAAUGCCUUCUCACGGCGAUCAAUCGAGUAUUAUCUAGGAGCUUGGACGAUUUUUUUGCAAAAGUGUUUCCUCCAUGGAAACUACUACCUGGGGUACGCAAAAGUUACCAAGACGUGAUGGAGCAUAAGGUUAUUCUUACGGACCACAUCGAGGAAAAACUCAGGGAACAUGAAGAAACGUUCGACCCCAAUGACAUCCGAGACUUUAUGGAUGCAUUUCUACUCGAGUCAAAGAAACGUCAGGCAGAUGCAAACUCCAUCUUCACAAAACAGGAUCAUAUCACGGUCGUCUUCCAACUGUUCCUGGCAGGAACUGACACCACAGCUACCACCUUACGUUGGGCCCUGCUCUACAUGAUCCUCCAUCCGGACAUCCAGGAGAAAGUACAGCAGGAGAUAGACAGCGUGCUGGGACUCAAGCAGGAGCCGGCAAUGGCACAUCGUAGCCAGAUGCCGUACUCGGAGGCUACCCUUACAGAAGUGACGCGGCUUGCACCUGUUGCACCACUCGCACUUUAUCACGCCACGAGCAACGACACCGUAUUCAGGGGAUUCAGCAUCCCAAAGGGUACCGCGUUCAUAGCAAACAUCUGGUCAGUGCACCAUGACCCAAACCUGUGGCCGGAGCCGGACAAGUUUGACCCCAAACGCUUUAUUAACGAUGAGGGUAAAUAUGUGAAGAGAGAGGGAGUUAUUCCAUUCUCCAUCGGCCGACGUGUCUGUCUUGGUGAGCAGCUGGCCAGAAUGGAGCUCUUCCUCAUCUUCACAUCUCUGCUGCAGCGCUUCACAUUUAAACUGCCAGAGGGCGCCCCUAAGCCGUCCAAAAAAGGGAUACACCAAGGCAUAUAUCAGCCAGUGCCAUUCAUGCUAAAAGCUGUAGCAAGGAAGUAAAAAAAAAUGGUUUACAUGUGACAUUUUAAAUGUCACGCAAGAAGAGCCAGGCAUAUACUAACCACACACCUACAGCAAAAUGUAUCGUAUAUUUGUAAUAUCAAUACUGGGCAAUGUAACAAAUUGCCUCUUAUGCAAAAAAAAAAAAAACUUUGUUUGUUUUGGUACCUGUUUCAUAAUAAAUGACAUACACAUAUCGGACCAAAAUUUGUAAAGGGCACGAUAAGAAGUCGUCUAAUGACGACAUGUUGAAAGAGUAGGGUGACAUAUUUAAAAUGUAGGGUUUAUAUAAUGACUCGGACGAAAACACAUACUGUUGUGAGGAUGCCCUAAAGGUGGUAUCUCACUGCACUUGCGGCACUGGUGCGGCACUGGUUCCUACACGGCGGUACUUUUUUGUUAU